ACACAAACAUGGCGACAUCGCAGGCGGCCAGGAUGCAGUCGUCUCUUCGGUGCGCGCUGUAUCUGCUCGUCCUCGGGCUCGCUGGGAUAAAUUCGUCGACCCUCCGCGUCCACCCGGAGCAGCGCCGCAUGCUGCCCCAGAACACGGGCUUUUGCACGAUAGAGGCUAACGCGGAUUCCCCGGACCGAGGCGGAGGUGGCGCCGCGGCGCCAGCGCUGCCCGUGGCCGACCGCGGUACCUCCGAAGGCGGGUCGGACUCGGGUACCUACCCGCAGCAUCGAAGCCGCCGGAGCCCCGGUGACCCGGCCAUGCCGAAGGUGUACGGACAGGCCAACCUGAAUGACUCCCAUAACCAGAUGGUGGUGCACUGGGCUGGAGAGAAGAGCAACGUCAUUGUAGCUUUGGCCCGAGACAGCGCUGGAGCCACCGGGACCAGAACCAGCUCUGUCUAUGUGUCGUAUGAUUACGGAACCACUUUCACGCUCGUCUCAGACAAGUUCCAGCUCUCAGGGCCCAAGUUUAAGGAAGGCAGCAAGCAGGUCAUCUCCCAGUUCUACCACAGUCCUGCAGACAACAGGAGGUACCUUUUUGUAGACUCCACCAACAACUACCUCUGGAACACGUUUGACUUCUGUAAGGGCGUCCAGGGCUUCUCCCUGCCCUUCAAACCAACAGACCUGCUGCUCCACAGCAGAAGCUCUAACCUGGUGCUGGCCUACGACAGCUCCCACCCAAACAAGCAGCUGUGGAAAUCAGACGACUUUGGGGAGACAUGGGUGUUGAUCCAAGAGCAUGUGAAGACCUACUUUUGGGGUGUGGAGCCCUAUGACCCCCCCACCACAGUGCUGGUCCAGAGACACGAGCCCCAGGGAGUGUCCACCAUUCUCAGCAGCACCGACUUCUUCCAGAGUGAACAGAACCGCAGAGUGAUCCUGGAGCAGGUGGACAGCUUCCAGCUCCGAGACAAGUACAUGUUCGCCACCACCACUCGGAAACUGUUUGGCAGCCACGAGCCAUCAUCUGUUCAGCUCUGGGUCUCCUACAACCGCCAGCCGAUGAAAGCUGCCCAGUUUAUGACCCGCCAUCCAAUCACGGAGUACUACAUAGCAGACGCAUCUGAGGACCAAGUGUUUGUGUGUGUGAACCACCUGAACAACGUCACGCACCUCUACAUCUCAGACACACAGGGCGUGUCCUUCUCUCUGUCGCUGGAGAACGUGCUGUAUUACAGUCCCGAGGGCUCCGGCAGCAACACGCUCAUCAG